AUGAGCCAUCUUAUAGACAAGCCAAAUAUAGCGAUGCCCAUUAAGUCAUCGUCUAGUAGUAGUCAAUUAGCAGCAACAGCCGCAUCCUUACCUGCUUCAUUUAGUAAUACCACAGCGUCACUAAACACAGCAACUGCAACAACAGUAACUGCAACUCCAAUUACAACUACAACAACAACAACUACCGAAAACCUUACAGGCCAAACCAGUAAAAAAGGCACUACAAAUUUUGAUGCCGUCCUUAUCAGUCUAUUAGCAGGUGCUGCAGCUGGAGCUAUCGCAAAGACAACUAUUGCGCCGUUGGAUCGAACGAAAAUAAAUUUUCAAAUAAGCAAAGAUGUACCAUAUUCAUUUAGAGCCGCUCUUGAUUUCCUUAAACAAACUUAUGCCAAAGAGGGCCUAUUGGCGUUAUGGCGUGGAAAUUCUGCAACCAUGGCGCGUAUUGUGCCUUACGCUGCCAUACAAUUUAGUUCACAUGAACAGUGGAGAAAAAUUCUUAUGGUGGAUAAAGAUGGCACAGACACAAAAGGUCGAAGAUUCGUAGCAGGUUCAUUAGCAGGCAUUACAUCUCAAUCUUUAACUUAUCCACUCGAUUUAGCGCGAGCACGUAUGGCAGUGACAGAUAAAUAUACUGGAUAUAGAACAUUACGACAAGUAUUCGUAAAAAUUUGGAUAGAAGAAGGUCCACGUACAUUAUACAGAGGUUAUUGGGCAACUAUAUUAGGCGUCAUACCAUAUGCAGGCACAUCAUUCUUCACAUAUGAGACACUAAAACGAGAAUAUUAUGAAAUAACUGGCAAUAGUAAACCAAAUACUCUAAGCUCACUGGCGUUUGGUGCAGCAGCGGGUGCUGCUGGUCAAACGGCUAGCUAUCCACUGGAUAUUGUGCGCAGACGUAUGCAAACUAUGCGUGUUAAUAGAAAUGGCAAUAAUAAUUAUCCCACCAUAUACUCGACUUUGAAAAAAAUUUACAGAGAGGAAGGUAUUAAAAGCGGUUUUUAUAAAGGACUCAGUAUGAAUUGGAUUAAAGGACCAAUAGCUGUUGGUAUUAGUUUCUCUACAUACGAUUUAAUCAAAGAACUGCUUAGAGAAUUAUUUCAUUUGAAACGCGGUAGAAACUGAAUUUCGGUAGUAAAAAGUCUAUAAGCUUUUAAAAUAUAUAUAUUAGGCUUAUAUUUAGAUUACUAUAUUAUGUGUUGUCUGUUUAGAGUCAUAGAAUUGUUAAAAUUGAAAAAUUACUACAGAUUUUUUUUUAAAUGUUCUUAUUUUUUUUAUUAUCUUAUGAUUUCAUUUUACUAAAUUAAUGAAAAUCAUGUAAAUUUAUUUAGUUUAAAAAUGUUAAUAAUUUAAUUUUAAUAGUAAAUUCAAAAAUAGAAACAAAAAAUAAACUUCAGUU